AUGGCCGAAAAAGUCAAACGUACUCUCAACACCCUCAAGCCUGACAGCCAGCAGGACACUCCCUCCAAGCAAACACCCUCAUCAUCACAGGGACAAAAAAAGUCUGACAGCCAAAAACCCAAAGAUAUUUCCUCACUACCAGUAGAAAAGCAAUUCGAGACUGAUUACGACAAAUCGGGCAACCUGGUGCCGGACCCAGUCCAUUUUGACCCUGAGCAGGAUAUGGUGGGAGCAAGCCUGGAUGAUUUUAGUGAUCAUGGUGAUCAUUAA